GGUUUAUAUCAACAACAUGUAUCCAUGAGCCGGUAUUGACUGACUCGAGGAGACUUCCAUUUUUGGCUAAGAGACCACCGUCGCAAUCCACAAUGCCCAAGGCAUCGGUCAAGAUGUAGCGAGGUUAACAUUCAUACUUAACGGGCACGCCCACCUGGAUCGCCCAACGCCAAUCGACGUCCCUUCUACAGAUCUUCGUGCUUCUUCACAAUUUCGUGGACCGGAGUCCACUAGCCCAGACUCGACGCAAUGGUCUCUACACAAGUAGCGCUAGCGUUCGGCGCCGCGAUAGCUGCCGUACGUGCUGCCUCGUUGGCCGACUACUGCACGGUCGACUAUGUCACAAGCGUGCUCCCGACCGAGGAUCUAGGACUCGCGGUCACCAUCGACGCGUCCUCAGUCUCGGCUGCUCUAGCUACUAACCAAUCCGUCACCUCCGAGUGGUACGCCGCCUCCGUGAUCGAUUACUGCAAUGUCACGUUCGCCUAUUCUCACAACGGACUUAACAACGACACCGUCCACGUGUCGUAUCUCGUGCCUACCCCGGAAAAUUUUUCAAACCGGUAUGUCUCGACCGGAGGAGGCGGACUUGCUAUCAAUUCGGGCGCGUCGUACAGUCCAUCUGGAAUCAUCGUCGGCGCUGUAUCGGGUAUCACGGACGGAGGCUUCGGCAACUUCGACACGCAAUUCGACGCCGCGUUCCUCCUAGCAGCAGGCACGGUCAACUGGCAGGCGACGUACAUGUUCGGUUACCAAGCCCACCACGAGCUCGCCACGCUGGGAAAGCAAUUUACGAAGAACUUUUUCAACGUCUCCGACAGCGAUAAACUGUACUCGUACUACCAGGGAUGUUCCGAGGGAGGCCGCGAGGGGUGGAGCCAGAUCCAGCGUUUCGCGGAGCAAUUCGACGGCGUCGUUACCGGCGCCCCUGCUUUCCGGUAUGGCCAGCUGCAGGUGAACCACCUGUCCGGAGGCGUCAUCGAGGAGGCUAUGGGUUACUAUCCGCCCCCGUGCGAGCUGGAGAAGAUCAUGAACUUGACGAUCGCUGCUUGCGACGGACUGGAUGGCAAGGUCGACGGCGUGAUUUCGAGAUCCGACCUCUGCAAGCUGAACUUCAACUACACGUCCACGAUCGGUGAGCCCUACUACUGCGCAGCAUCCAGCGGCACCAGUCUGCGACGCCGGCAAGCCGCCCCAACCGGAUACGCACCGGCGCAAAACGGAACCAUCACCGCCGAGGGCGUAGCCGUAGCUUCCGCGUUCACGAACGGCCUGAUCGACUCGCAGGGAAAGCGCAUCUACAUCAACCCGCAACCGGGGUCCGCCUUCACGGACGCGAUCACGCAGUACAACACCAACACGAGCAAGUGGGAAGUCGCCAUCUCGAGCCUGGGCGGGGAGUGGGUGGCGCGGUACCUGCAGCUGCAGGACACGAGCAACCUGGCGAGCCUCGCGAACGUGACGGCGGACACGCUGCGCGAUUGGAUGGUGCUCGGCAUGCAGAAGUACUACGACUCGCUGCAGACGACGUGGCCGGACAUCACGCCCUUCAAGGACGCCGGCGGGAAAGUCAUCCACGUCCACGGCGAGUCGGACUUCUCGAUCCCGACGGCGUCGUCCGUGCACUACUACGAGGCGGUGCGCAGCACGAUGUACGGGUCGCUCGCGUACAACGACAGCGUCGCGGAGAUGGACGAUUUCUACCGCCUUUUCAUGGUGCCUGGCGGCGCGCACUGCUCGAGUAACCCGUACGAGCCUAACGGUGGGUGGCCUGCUACCACGCUGCAGACUGUCAUCGAGUGGGCGGAGAAGGGCGUCGCGCCCGAUACGCUGGAGAAUGACGGCGGGGUCAUUGAUACGCUUUGUAAGUGGCCGCUUCGCCCGCUUUGGUCGGGCAACGGGACGAGUUUGGAGUGUGUGAGCGAUGAGAAGUCGAGGGAUUCGUGGAUUUAUACUUUCGAUGCUUUUAAGUUCCCGGUGUACUGAAAACUCGUUUCUGGAGAGAUGUAACUAGUUAUUAGAAUUGUAUUCUAAGGUCUUUAUGUUGUAUCAUAUUCGCGAGUAGAGAAAACAUUGUGUAGCAAUAACAUGUAUGGUAGCCAAAAGUUAAUGACUUAACAGAAU